AUGAGCGAAAUAUUCACACCAACUGAACAAGCUUUGGAAGCGUUCAAGAAUGGAGAGUUUUUAAUCGUGAUGGACGACGAGGAUCGUGAGAAUGAAGGUGAUUUGAUUAUUUCCGCAGAACUUAUCACACAGCAAAAGAUGGCUUUUUUGGUACGUCAUUCAUCGGGUUACGUUUGUGUGCCGCUUUCAACUGAACGAGCUGACGAGUUGGAUUUGCAGCCGAUGUUGAAGAAUCAAACUGAUAGACACGGUACAGCAUACACUGUGACAUGUGAUGUUUCCGAAAAUACAACUACAGGUAUUUCGGCACAUGAUCGUGCUUUAACUGCAAACGCAUUGGCAAAUCCAGGAUCAAAGCCUGUUGAUUUUAUCAAACCAGGCCACGUUUGUCCCUUAAGAGCUGUCCCAGGCUUACUAAAGAAAAGAAGAGGUCACACGGAGGCUGCAGUACAACUCUGUGAGUUGACUGGCUUGCAACCAGCAGCAGUCAUUUGUGAAUUGGUGAGAGAUGAAGAUGGAUUGAUGAUGAGAUUAGAUGACUGUGUAAAGUUUGGUAAGGAACACAGUAUUAAAAUUAUAACUAUCAAACAACUAGUGGAACACAUUAGUAAUUGA